AUGUCAUCAAUUCCAACAACUCAAAAUAUCGUCCUUGUCAACAAGCAGCCAGAAUCAGCAGUCAAUUUCUCACUUGGUGAAGAAGAUUCGACUUUUAAAAUUGUUUCUAAGCCAUUUUCUGAAUCUGAUUUAAAGGAUGGGCAACUUUUAUUAAAAAAUCUUUAUUUUUCAAAUGAACCUGCUCAAAGAGGCUGGAUGCAAAAGCCAGAUCCAAAUUCAAAAAUUCCAUCUAGAAGUUAUUCAGCUCCAAUUGGCGACAAUGAUCCAGUUAAAUGUGUUACAUUAAGUGAGGUUGUAUUAUCUAAAUCAGAAAAAUUUUCUGUUGGUGAUAAGUUAGUUGGAAUGUUUUACUGGGGAGAUUACUCUGUCUCUAGUGAGGCUGCUGUCUUCAAUAAAAUCGAUGAAUCCUUAGGUGUUCCAUUGACUUACUAUUUGAGUCAUUUAGGUAUGACUGCUUUAACUGCAUACUUCGGUUUGGUUGACAUUGGUAAAGUCCAAAAGGGUCAAACUGUCGUAGUUUCUGCAGCUUCUGGUGCUACUGGAUCCCUUGCAGUUCAAAUUGCUAAAAAUAUUUUAGGUGCAGGAAAGGUUAUUGGUAUUUCUGGCCUGGAUGAAAAGUGUAGAUGGGUAGAAUCUCUUGGAGCUGAUAAAUGUGUCAACUACAAAAGUGACACCUUCCACGAUGAAUUGAGAGAUGCAAUUGGCCCUGAUUUUGCUGAUGUUUAUUUUGAUAACGUAGGAGGAGAAAUUUUGAAUUACACUUUGAAACUUAUCAAAGAUCAUGGUAUUGUUGUUGCUUGUGGGGCAAUUGCUUCUUACAAUGAUAAAUCAAAGGGUGCUAUUACAAACUGGAACUCAAUUGUUGUUCAAAAGUUAACUGUACAAGGUUUUAUUAUCUUAGAGUACACAAAGAGAUUUCCCGAAGCAAUUGCAGCUUUAUCUAAAGGGCUCAAAGAUGGAAGCAUCAAAGCUGGCGAGGGUAUCAACGUUGUUGAUCUCUCCAAGGAAGAAAAUAUUUGGGAACAAGUUCCACAAGUCUGGAAGCAAUUAUUUACCUCCAAGGGUAACGGUAAGUUAAUCACAAAAGUGGUUUAA